AUGGCCAAGAAGAGCAAAGACGAGGUGCCCAACCCAAAUAGCGUCGCGAAUCGCGACAUCCUCCAGCGGCUCAACUUUCUCUACCAAGCCUCCGCGUACCUCAGCACUAUGCCCAACGCCACUGCCAGCUCCAGCACACAGUCUGCAGAAACACGGCCUCAACCUCCUCUACCCGAGUAUUCAUCAAGCAUCCACCCGCAGAGAAAGGCGGCGAAGCGCAAGAUGGGUGUCGGACGGAAGCUCGGUGUCGAAGAGAUUGCGCGUGCAUAUGUGCGUCAGAUGAAGCAGAUCGGCCAGAAAACCACGGUAAAGAUGGAUCCGACUGUGAAACGCACGUUUUGCCAAGGCUGUGAUUCUGUCCUUGUCCCAGUAGUGUCGGCCGUGGUCAGAGUUCACACGUCGAGCACGCAUGGACAUCUAGUCAACACAACCUGCUUGAGAUGCAAGACCUCACGCCGCAUUCCGGCGCCUCCUAUUCAGGAACCAGAUAUCUACGAGCCGCCUGAUGGCCACACGAUGACAAUGGCAUCUUCCCCUGCUGCCAGCUCAGGUCGAGUGCAAAAGAAAAGGCGGCGCGGGCCUCGCGCGCGAGCUCCGCCCUUAUUCGAGCGAGAAGGACACGUUGUCUUUCGUGGAAAUGAGCGGCUGGAGGCUAGUUGAACCACCUCAGAGUCUUCCUGGUAGAUCGAACCGUAAUCAGCAGGUCGCAACCGCGCUCAGAUCGUGUUACAAAAGCAAUUCAUUUAUGCG